UUAACCAUUAUUUCAAAUUCACAGAAUCCUGUUUGAAACAUUUAAUGAACUUAUAGAAUUAAAUUUCUGCAUGUUGUUUUUUGUUGCAAAAAAAAUCUAGUAUAAUAAUAUUUAAAUUUACAUAUAUUUUUCACGUUUUCAAUGCCAAUUUUGUGUAAUGGCAAAGUUUCCCACUACCCGUGAAUGCCUCUUUUUUAUGUCUCUGGCUGACUCCUUAAUCUCCGCCCAGUCUCUGCUCCAUCCCUGCCGAGUGAACGAGAUCUUUGGUUUUGCCUUUGCUGACUGCUGAUCUGAUCGUCUCAAGUCUGGUGACCUGCUGCAGAAUACCCUCUCCCUCUAUCAUUAACAAGCAAUUCAGUCUGUCCUAUCACUCUCCCUCUCCCUGCUCCAUCUUUUUUGACAAGCCAUUCUAUCUUCUAUCAUUUCUCCGCCAUGAGCUCUAUCUAAGUUGACAAGCUUGAACCUGAGUUGAAACGCAAUCCUGUGACUUGAAAUCAAGUUUUACCAGAAUCUAAGUUUUUGGAAUUGAAGUUACCAGAACUUCGUCGAUCUGUUUUCAGAAUUCUGAGAGAUCUCUGCUCUCACUGCUCCAUCUUUCCUGUCGUUAAACUCUCUCACAUCCAGUCAUUUUGCUGGAAAUCACAAGUAGAAACUUGAAAUUACAGUAGUAGAAUUACACUACAGUAGAACUCACAGUAGAAACUACUUACACAGUCCUACAUUUGUCAUUUUAAUUUUUACAUUACACUUUGGAAUAAACACUGAUAGCUUGGCUUACGUGUGCAGUUACUUUGAUAAAUUAUAUAAAAUACACACCUUUUUCAAGGUUUAUUUGUAAUAAGAUAAUCUGGUUAUUUUGUAAUACAUACAUUCAGACUGUUAUAUUCACAUAGAUAAUAAAUUGGAUUCAAAUAUAUUUUUCAAGUCUGUUUCAUUGGCUAUAACAUUUGACUGCAAGUUUAUACUAUUAUUAUUUAAGGACAAACCCUUUUUUGUCACUCUGUAAGUAUUCAGUUACAAUUGUCAUCUAGAGGCUGCCCUGAGAACCCAGACUUCCUGUUUCCUGACUGCUGCAGAACAUCCAGCUGAAGAAUCUUCAUCGCCUGUCAUCUGAUCACCACACCAUCACUCAUAUUUGCUUAAAGUAUUAGAUAUCUUAAAGAUUUACACAAAGUCUACUUAAAAGUUAAGAGUUUUAUUAUAGACUGUUGAUUGUUGAGAUUUAUUCUGUAUAUUGCUUUACAGAAGUAUAGACCUAUUUGUUAUCCAGUCUGGUUAAAAAAAAUAGAAGUAACAAUAUACAGUUUUUGAAAAAGCUACAAUAAAACUGUUUUUAAAGAACUUUCAAUAAGUUUUAUAUAGAGUUUGUAUUUAAGUCAGCCUUUUACAUCAAUUACAUAGUUAUAAGAACACUUUACCAUUUGUAUAGUUUUACAUUUCUCCAUUUAAUAGAUUAGUUUUUCAGUGUAUACAGGUUGAAUUUUGUUUACAUUUGUGUAUAAAUAUAAGGUCCAGUUUGUACUUGCACAAAAUGCCAAGGAAAGGUCAAAGGUCGCUGUCCCAGAAGCUUAGACGGCAAAAGGAGAAGGAACAGGUAAAUGUUUCUCAGAGUGGUGAGGAGGUAAAGGUGUCUGUUGCAAGUAUUCCCAGUCCAGAAGUGCAGAGCAGUGCUCAGACAGCUGCAGUGUCUUAUGCAGAUGUGGUAAAGAGAGGUGUUUGCUCAUCAUCUGUGCCAAAUGCUAAAGUACAGCAGGUAAUCCAGACUGAACCCCAGGUAACUAUGCAAACGCAGUGUGAUGGAGAAACUCCAGGACCGUCUCAUGUACAGAUUACAAACAGUGAAACUCAUCCACGAGUGAGUAGCAUCUGUGCAUCCCGAAGCCAGGCUUCUGCUAAGUAUGGAAAGUACAGGAAUCAGCAAUGCAUGGCGAACAGUUUGGUUUUCCUCUCAUUCUUACACGAGGAUGAAUUCAUUACCAGAGCCGAUCUUAACCGUGUGUUGGACAAAGGCCAUGCCGUGUAUUCAGAUGCCAGAAAGAGGUUUGUGAACAGCGUGUUUCUAGCCUGUGAUGAGCUUCCCACAGUGGUCACCAGCCGCAGACACGAGUAUCAAGUGGACAUGUCUCAGUUUGCUCAUUAUGGCACAUUUGAUGGUACAGCUCACCUUCCGAGCCUUGAACAGGGACUACAGUGUUUGGCUUCAGCGGUUCGCUAUGCUUUGCUAGUCAUGGGAGGAACAGUCAUUGCAGUUUGCAGGCUGACUUCAGGUGAAUACGCAUACUUUGACCCUCACCCACGACUUGGAUGAGAACAAGAUUUAUGCCAAUCCCGAGGUAACUGCAGCGCUCCAAACCAUGAGACAAGCCAAUGUUGAAGAAAUGAUGCCUCUUCUUCAGGUCAGAGAAACAGCCAGCAGACCUGACACUCUUACACUGAUCCAUCACAAUACGGAGGGU